AUGUCCAGCAGGAAUCCCCGCUCGCAGCCGCUAUUCGAUUCGGAUCCCAGCCACCUCGCGGUGGACAUACGGUAUCAGGUCAUAUUGACGUCGAUGGCAUGUAUCCUGUAUUACGAUUACUUCCUCACCCUCAAGAACGAGAUUGCUCUCGUGUGGCAUUCUCCCCGCAGCUUAUCCAAGAUAUUCUUUUUAGUGAUUCGAUAUGGGUUUCUGCUCGACACCACACUCGUCCUCUUUUACACCCUACGAAUUACUUCUGACUCCGGCCCUACGUUGACGGCCAGUAGUUGUAAAGCUCUGUACGAUGCCGCAACAAUCAUCCAGGUUUCAAGCUUCGUUGCUGUCUCUGGCAAGUAUUUGCGAGUGCUUACGGGCUUGGGCAUCUUCAGCGUCGUAGCCGCUUCAAUUCCCGAGAGCAUCCUGCCCGUCGAUAUCGGCGUUAUAUUCGCGAGAGCUUUCGUGCCCGUCCUAACGACUCGCUUCAUUGUCAACCUUUACCAGACCGGGAGGCACUCUUCGAGGGUGGAUACCGGUACCCUCAGCCUCUGGAGCUUCCACGUCGCGCAGGAAAAUGGUGUAGUCUCUUCACUGGCCUUCUCACGGCCUUGA